CACCGCCUUGGGGUUAUUGGGUUUCUUUCUUUGAACCAUCUAGAGAUAUUCGUUAGUUUAAUUAGAGGGAAAAAUUUUAAGUAUGGUUGUGACUUGUGACUGAUCUUGUUUUAUUAUUCAAUGCAUGGCUACUUUGUUUAAUUGAAGCUCUAUAACUUGAGACAGCUAAUAUCAUUUAUCUGUAUAAUUAUUUGCUAAAAAGGGUAUAUUAUAGUAUCCUUUUGUUCCUUUAUAUAUAUAUAUUACCUUGUCCAAGGUUUUCCCAUCAUCAUUCUAUGUCCUUUCGUUAUGAUCCCUGAACUGAAGUCUAAUCCAAACUGAUUCAACAUUGGCCUCCCUGGAAAGAGGAGUUUCCUCAAGUACCACAAGCAGACAAAGGGUGUCGUUACUGUAGAAAAGUGAAGUAGAAAUUGAUGUAAAGGAAAAGAAGAAAAAAACAGAGCCAGACUGUGCAUAGCUUCCGUGUGUCUUUGGGGCUGUAGCUAAGUAGUAAUUUACUUUCAUGGGUGAAUUUCUUGUGGAUGCAACAGUGUUUGAAGAUAAGAAGAUGGGAGAGGGUGCUGCUGCUUCCAAUCCUGCUUUGCAAGUGUCUGUUUCGUUUGGUAGAUUUGAGAACGAUUCCUUGUCUUGGGAGAGAUGGUCCUCUUUCUCUCCAAACAAGUACUUGGAAGAGGUUGAGAAGUGUGCCACACCUGGAUCAGUGGCCCAGAAGAAAGCCUACUUUGAAGCACAUUACAAGAAGGUUGCCGCCCGGAAAGCCGAAUUGCUGGCUCAGGAGAAGCAAAGGGAGAAAGAUUCUUUCGGAUCAGAAGAACAUAGUGGAAUAGAUCUGAGUGGUAACACUGAUGCAGAACAUGAUAUAUCCAACAACACUCAAGGUUCCAGUGAAGGGGUUGAGCAUGAAACCAGUUCUGCUGGUGAGAUCCAUAAGACUCAUGUUAAUGAAUCUGAGGAGGAAUUUGCAGUUUCAAGGGAUUACCAAAGUUCAUCAGUUCAGGUAGAGAACAAGGAACUGGAAAGUAGAUCACAUAGUUCCUACCAGAUAGAUGAACCUGAAAAUGUAUGCAAGAAACAAGUGGAAAGUCCUAACAACAACAUUGAAGCUGAAGAUGUGAAGGAAAUUUCACAUGUUGUGUACAAGGAGACAGGAAAGGCUUCAGAAGGUGAAGUAAAAGAUGUGAAAUUGAAUCAUCCAAAGGAAUCUAAGGUUAAGUCUGUGAGUAAGGGUAGCAAUGCAGCCAGGACUAAGAAGAAAUCAAUGCUACCUACUUCUAAGGCAUCCCCAAUUUCAACACCAAAAAGUUCAAAGCCUGCAUCAACAACUCCUACCAAAACAGUGACACCUGCUUCUUCAACUAGAAAGGGAAGCUCUCCAUCUUUGACUAGGAGGCAAAUUACUUCUAGUGGGGAGAGCAGAAAAUUUGCUAACAAACCUUUGCACAUGUCUUUGAGCUUGGCUCCAAGUAAUCCUGAUCCAGCUCCUCAAAGUACCAUGAGGAGAUCUUUAAUUAUGGAGAACAUGGGGGAUAAGGACAUAGUCAAACGAGCAUUUAAGACAUUCCAGAACAGUUUCAACCAGCCAAAAACUUCUGUUGAAGACAAAUCUUUGAUAAAGAAGCAGGUUCCUUCAAGGGGAACUGUGUCAAAGGUUCCAACAUCUACAACUUUGAGGAAAGAAAAUGGACGGCCGACUAAGGUUGAGAAUUUGUAUCAAAGUGGAAAUGCUGUACGAACUACUUUGGGUCCAAAAAGAGACAUUAGAGCAGAGAAAGGGAAAGAGUCUUCAAGAAAAAUAGAAGAAAAAUCUAACACAAAAGGGGUGGAAAGAACACGUCUUCAAUCAAAAGUGAAGGAGGAAAAAGAGGCAGAGAUGAAAAGGCUAAAACAUAAUGUCAAAGGCACAUCCUCACCAGCUUUUAACCGUGGUCAAAAAGUAGUGAAAAGUCGUCCUGAAAAGGGUGAUGCUAAAACUUAGAAUCCUUGGUGGCCCCACAGGUGCUAAAGAUAAAGAGAGCAGAAGGAGAAAAGAGGUUAAUACACCAGUGUGUCAGGUAGAUCUGAAUGUUCAGGGGAAAUGUUUGUGGAAUCAGUUCAACGCCAUGAUAUUCUUGUUCAGUAAACAACAGCAGCACAAUCUUCUAGUUAAAUAUAGGAGCUUAUGAUUAUGAACAUUGUGAGGAGUAGAAGGAAGGAGAAGGCAUAAUUUAUUGAUGAUAAUUUUCUUCCUCGCGCCCCUCUUUAGGCAAUAUGUUGGUUAGAAAAUAAAAUUGAAUAAAUGUUUGUGAUGUUAAAAUGUGCAUAUAUCUCUUGCAAUUGAUUGCAUCAUUUUUCUUCUUUUCUAUCCGUCCUGUGGGUGCUUGAUAUGGUUUUUAACGUGUUGUAGACCAUGUAUCUCUAAGAGUUCAACUCAUCCAUCUCUCCAUAAACGUGCAAAGAUGCAAGACAUUGUUACAUUGGGAAACAUGAUUGAAGAAUUUUCAGAAUCAAGGAACAAGACUAAUUAAGUGGGUUACACAAUGCAGAUUAAGUUCAGUAUCAAAUGUUCUCUGCAAUGUACACUAACGGAAGUAAAUAUUGCUGACUAUGCUACCUAUACGUGGAAAAACUCUUCUGCUAGCUAUUUCAAUAUUUGAACAAUUGUACAGAUAGGCAUAGGCUCUCCUACUUUUUUCCUUUUGUUUUUCUUAUUAUCCUUUCUUUUCUACCCCCUCCCUAUAUACGUAGUUGAGUAUAAAGGGAAAAAAACCUGUGUAAAUGAGUACAGUUAUUUAGUUGUCUAAUAAUAGUUUUGCAUGUACCCAAA